AUGCGCCAUACGGAGGAAAUUCGGAGAGGACUACCAGGUGGUGAACACCAGCCAGGGCAUUACUUUUUCCGCCCAGGUGAAGAAGAAAAGACGGAGGCGACCAUCGGCUACGGCUACCGCUACAUCACCGAGAAGUGCCCCGAGGGUAUCAUCCUCUUCCUCUUCCAGUCGCUGCUGGGCUCCAUCGUGGAUGCCUUCCUCAUCGGCUGCAUGUUCAUAAAGAUGUCCCAGCCAAAGAAGCGCGCAGAGACGCUGAUGUUCAGCCAGGACGCGGUGAUUUCGCAGCGGGACGGGAAGUUGUGCCUCAUGUUCCGCGUGGGGAACCUGCGGAACAGCCACAUGGUGUCCGCACAGAUCAGGUGCAAACUCAUCAAGUCACGGCAGACCCCGGAGGGUGAGUUCCUGCCCUUGGACCAGUGUGAGCUGGACGUGGGUUUUGGGACGGGGGCGGACCAGCUCUUCUUGGUGUCGCCUCUGACCAUCUGCCACGAGAUCAACAACAAGAGCCCGUUCUUCGAUCUGUCACAGCGUUCCCUCAAGAACGAGGAGUUUGAGAUCGUCGUCAUUCUAGAGGGAAUCGUUGAGACUACUGGAAUGACAUGUCAGGCGAGGACGUCUUACACCGAGGAUGAAGUCUUGUGGGGCAACCGUUUCCUCCCAGUCAUGUCACUGGAGGAGGGCUUUUUUAGAGUCGACUAUUCCCAGUUCCACAACACAUUUGAGGUCCCAACACCACCACACAGCGUAAAAGAGCAGGAGGAGAAGUCUUCACUGACAUCACCAAACCCUCUGCCUGUUGCAGCCACGCCCUCGUCCCCUCUGUUGGGUAAUGGUGGACGUGGAGGGCGAAGAGAAAGGCUCCUGUCGGCUGACUGCGCUGACCACAUGGAGGACCAAGUCACCAGACGGCCCAGCAAACUACAACGCAUGAGCUCCACUAGAGAGGAGCUCCUCUUGAGGGGGUAUAAGACCGGGCCAUCCUUGCCCGGGGGUAAGGCCUCAAGCACAGGAGAUCUUCCGCUUAGUAUUCAGAGGCUGAGGUCCAGCUCCAUCCCAGCUGUGAGGCAAGGACAGCCAGAGGAGCAGGUCCAGCUGUUGUCCUUGGAUGGAGAAGCAGAGGAGGGAGAGGUGGAGAAACACAGACUGCCAGCAGCAUAUAGCUCCAUUGCUGCCCAGACCCCAAAGCCAGUCCAGAUCCCAUUGGUAGGGAGUCGGCCAGAGGACAACCUACCGGCCAAACUGCGCAGAAUGAAUGCUGACCGCUGACUUGUGCUGACUACCUUUAAGACUUGAAACAUUUUGAAAACUGAAUCAGGCUUAAUGGGCAUUGCAUAUAACUGAAAACUACUGUGAUAAUAGUUGAAUUUUUGUCCUGCAGAUUUUGACCAGUAUUUUACCUUUACUUACGGGCUCUUUAAUAAGUUGUCCAGUGCCACAAAUAGAAGUACAACGCCAAUAAGCCAUCCAUCCGCUCAUACUGUGAGUCAUCUUUUCAUAAAUCGCCAUCUGUGCCCCUAACUGACUUCUCAUACUUCUACCCUUGUGCUUGUUUAUUUCACUUCUGUUCAGAGAGUUAAAUCAAAUACUUUAAAAUCCCAACAAGCACCAUUUUUAUAGAAAACACAGACCUUUUUUGGACCAUUUACUGAAUCCUAACCCUUUCCCAAACUGCAAUCUUCCAAUUAUUACUUAGCUACUGUACCUAUGCACAGCAGGUCUGUCACCAUGUUGGAUUUUCCACAGGCCUGAAUUGGUUUCCAGGGAGCUUCAUUAAGGUUAAAGACGCAUCUUGACGCUACCUGAUUUUUGGCCUCAUUCAUUUUUAAAGAGCCCAUAUUAUGCCCUUUUUGGGGUUUGUAUAUUUAAUCUAUGUACCUACUAAAGUAU